AUGACGCCCGAUAAUCUUCGUGUAGUCACUGAAGCUUCAAAAACCGCCCAAAAAACAAAUCAAGGCCCCAAAUUCUCUUCUCUCUCACAGUACACCACUGGACAAACCUCCACCAUGGCGGCCACGAAUCCCUCCCCACUCCUCCGCCUCCCAGCCGAAAUCCGCACCCUCAUCUACGCCUACCUCGUCCCCAACCACCAUCCCUACAUCUGGUACGAAUUCCGCCGUCGCACAACAGCAGGCCUAUUCUACCAUCGCCCAGCUACAUUUCUAGGCUUCCAGGACAACUUCGCUGGCCGAUGGUAUCGCUCAGAUCGCAUCCAUCUCCGCGCGGACCGCGCCGACCCUUCCCUCGCACUCCUGAGAACUUGUCGUGAGAUAUAUGAGGAAUAUGUUAAGGAGUUUUAUGGUCAUGCUAGAUUCUCGAUCCUUGCGCUGCCAGGGGAAAUCCGGUUUUUCAAUCAGAGAAUCAAGGAUGCGGGGUUUGGAUUCAAAAUCAUUAAAUACCUUGAUGUGACUAUCAACGUGCCUGGACCUGGUGAUGGGGACAACAACGAGAAGAUGGCAGUUGCUGGCUCGCGUCCGGCUGCUGUAACUCGACUGAUGAACUUGUUGAAGAACUCCCCGUGCAUGAAAUCAGUGCAUCUGCAUCUCAACCUUCCCCGAACGUUCGUCAUGACCACCUGCCUCAUCGCCAGGCACUAUGAUCGCUUUUGUCCCCUCUUCCGCACGCUCAUGAAAUCGUUCUACAGCAUCGUCGCGAGUUAUGCGUGUCCGAUCUUGGAGCUGGAGGGUAUAGAAAAGGCGGUUGAUUUGCGUGAACCGGUUUGGCAUACGUAUAUUUCGAUGCUGGGGAACCCAAGAAUGUUUGGAUUUGAAGUGAGGGGUUUUGUGGCGGGGUUGAUAGAGAGGCAUGGGUUGAAGGGAGAGUCUGUGGAGGAGUUAGAGUCGAUGGUUUUGAGACCGGAGGUGGUGAAGCAGAUGUGGUGGAUGGGGUAUGAGGCGGCGAUGAGAGGGGAUUGGAACGUGGAGGUCGGUAGUGGGAAAGAGACAGUUUGA